AGGGCAAGGAAGAACUAGUAACAUUACAAACCCGAUUGCUUGCCGAAGCUGGAUCGGACGUCCGAACUAACCUCAUGACAGUGUUCGGAACUCCCGAACAGAUUACGAGUGUUGGCGAAGGGCAAUUACUUGAUGCUCUAGACUCGAAGUACGACACACUACGAGAUAAACUGCUGUCUGAGGCUUUGAUGAAAGAGAUGGGAGCUGCUGAAUGGCAAGCGUUGAGCGAGCAGGAGAGACAGGCGAGACUUGUGAAGAUGAAACUUGAAGAACGGAGGCUAAGACGAGAAGGUAAAGAUUGCUUUAUUAGCGAGGUUCAGAUUUGACUUUCACUAUACCAGUGCUGAAAAAUGUCCAGCAGCACCGCUGCCAAGAAAUUUUGAACAAAAUAUCUUCGCACGAAAUUUUCCUACAUUGUCUGUUGAGCUCAACAACAACCUUGUAGCAAGUUGACAACAAGCCGUUGACAACUUGUCAACAAGCUGGGAACAAGCAGUGCGAACACAUCCUGUUGACAAGUUGUUGAAACAACAUUGCUAUGUGUACCACACCAAAAAAAAGUGAAAUCCAUACUACGAAAUUUGCAAUUGCACCACUAAAUCCAUAGUAUAUCCAUCCUGUUUCCAUACUAUAUCCACACUAUGGAAAUAUACAAUUAUUAUGGAUAACCAAAAUCCAUUCUAUUUCCAAUAAAGGUCCAUACAAUUUCCAUUCUAUGACCUUCUAUGGAUUUCCAAAAAAUUUUCCGGUAUACCAUACACCGCGCAGUAACCAGCACGAUGGUAUAAACCAAACUCGAUAGUUUCUUAGGUCUAUCACAUUUUAUUUCAAGGUAAACUUGACGAGCUUCAAGCGCUCCUUGGAGCAGCUUUCGACGCUGAAGCGAAUCUUCAGGAUCUCAUGGGGCAGAACAAAGCACGCUACAAGGAACGGAUGAGAGAAAAACUGGAGAAAAGACGACAGAGAUUGAAAGACGGAAUGAACAAAGACGAAGUUGCCAAAAUGGAAGCUAAAGAGGAUAAACAGUUUGAAGAAGAACUAAAACAGGAAGCAAAUGUCAAUCCUUUGAUUAAACUGAUGGUGAGUCAGGCUCAUAGAUAUCUUAUAUAGUGCAUCUAAUUAUUCUACAAUUCAAAAAUUGAAGCCGUGAUUGCGGGCUCAGGAUAUUGCCAUGAAAUGAGAAGACUCGUAUGUUUUCUAUUUCUUAAACAGGGAACUUAAACAUUAAGUUAAACCUAUUCCAAAUACAUUUUCAAACUAUUCAAAUGAUGAAAGUUAUUGUUGUUUUUUAAGCGUUUAUUAGCGAGUGGGAAACUCCAACAUGGCCGCCAUCUAUUCAAAUGGCGGUAACCGCUGGAAUACUCUUGGCUUCAAUUUUACUAAAAGAGAUGCGCUAUCUAGUGUAUAUAAGAUAUCUAUGGUCAGACUCUGUUCACAUGAGAGUGAAACAAUGUCAGAAUGGGAUGAUUCCGUUAGUGUUGAUUCAAGCCACUGUUCACAUGAGGGCGGAACGAAGCUAUUUAGAGCUGACGGGGGAUCAAAGUUGACUAAGUUGAGAAAACUCAAGGGUGGAUCCGGCAAGGUUUUUCUAGGGGGAUGCUGGGUGAGCAGCCGAGUGUUUCUUUAUAAUUCUUUAGAGGGGGGUGGGAGAGCAUUCAAAUGAAUUGGCUUCCUAACGACUUGAGCGCCGAAGACGCAAGCUCCCUAGGGGGUCCAGGGGUGUGCCCCCCGGAACAUUUUGAAAAUUUGAACCCUAGAAAUGCCAUUUCAUGCGAUAUGGGCAUUGAAUUAUGAGCUUCAGUAUGACUUCAAAAAAGGAAAAACCUUGGAAAUUGUGCCGUAUUUCUAAAUUUGAUUUUUUUGCACCCCCUUGCACCCCUGUUGACCAAGGUCAACGGGGGUACGCACCCCUGUGCACCCCCCCUAUAAAUCCACCCCUGAGAAAACUCUCACGCACACUCGCUGAAAUUUUGCAUGAGAGAUAGGAUGACAGUGGAGAAGCGAAUCUCUCAUCCACUUUUAUCCUCUCUUAUCCAAUUUUCUUCAAUUUCAGCAAAACUACGACAAAGAGAAAGAAGCGUUGUUACAAGCGUUACGCGAUAGAGACGGACGUUUCGCAAGUGAACGACAUCGCCAGGCCGAGCUUGCAAGACUAAGACGAGAGGAGAGGAAAGCGAGGCAUGAGGACAAGUUUGAUACCGCUGCCCUUGUUCUUGGUCUAGCGCAGACUCAGAAAGCUAAUUUGGAAGAAAUGUAAGUGCAACAUAAAUGGGUCAACCGGUAAAUUAGCUUUUAGGUAGUUCAGACACAAACCACGCCAGCUUAUUGUAAAGUGCUACCCACACUGGACCACCACGUUUGAGAUAUCUUUUUCAGGUAGUUCAGACACAAACCACAGCAGCUUAUUGUAGAAUGCUACCUACAAAUGGACUCCCAAGUUCGAGAUAUCUUUUCAGGUAGUUCAGACACAAACCACGGCAGCUGUUUAAAUAAUAUUACCUACACAGACUCCCACAUUUGAGAUAUCUUUUUAGGCAGUUCAGACACACGGCACAGAGCUUAUUAUAUAAUACCUUAUUAAAUUCGAAUCGUUUAAUUGGCUGUUUAUGGUCACGUGAUAUUGAAUAGAAAAUUCCAUUUCCCAAGAGUGCAAUGGAACAAAAUGGAACACGUUCCAUUGCACUCCCCGCGAGUGCAAUGGAAUAAAACGUAUAGUACAAUUGCACUCGUUGUGUUUUCGAUAAAUCGCAUCCCUCAAAAUGCUUCUCAUACGAAUCUAUUAGUUUAUUUUGGUAUUAUAUAAAACAAAUAAUGAAUGUUUCUUCGUGCAAUGGUAAGAAUAUUUUCAUUCGGUGAAAGAUGGAAUGUUCCAUUCAACUCGGCUGUCGCCUCGUUGAAUGGAACAUUCCAUCUUUCACCUCAUGAAAAUAUUCUUACCAUUGCACGAAGAAACAUUCAUUAUUUGUAUACUAUACAAUACUAUAUAUACUUAAGCCAAUGUUUUCGCUCACAAUAGUAUUAAUAUUUCUGCAGUCAAAAGAAAGACCGGCUUCGUCAAGAACAGUUAGCGCGGGAACGACUUGCAGCUCGACGGAAGAAGAAAGCAAGUGAAGUGGAAAAAGAAUUGAAAGAAAAGGAAGACGAACAACUGGAGGACAUCAGUGAUAAAGAAAACCUCGUUGCUUUACAGGUACGUGUAAUGAUUAUAUUAUAUUUUAACUAUUAAUCUCUGAAUAUUGCAAGGAUAUUCACAGAAACACGAAGCGUUGAGGUAAAUAUCCUUGCACUAUUCAUCGGCACUGAGGUGAAUAAUUGUAAUAGCAUAUAUACCAUAACAAAACAAAAAUGACCAAAUAUUUUUAAAACAAUUUAUAUUUCAAAUUUGUGCCCGUAAUAGUUGUAAUUCAGUUCAGCUCCUGUAAUAGUUGUAAACAAAACAGAAUAUACAAGCUUCUAGUAAUUGUAUUCAUUAGCUUCAAAUAGCUUCAAAGAAUACCUCUACACACUGUUAAAAAAACUUUGUGGCUUUCUUCGUGUUUGGCAUAGCCACCUCUUCGUUUAGUACAAAACGUUGCUCGUCUGUAACCGAAACGAAACGGGACGCCAUUUUGUUUUUGUCCGGAGGAGAAUAAAGCGGACUGAAGACAUUUUCUACAUUUAUCCGUUUAUUUAGGAAGCAGUGUUGAAAGAACUCGAGAAAAAACAAGAGUGUGAACGAGAAGUCAUGGAGAAACUUCUUCAAGAAGAACAAACCAGUGAACGUCGAAAGAAAACACAAAAGAAAAGCAAAGAAAAAAGGACAGAACGUCUAACAGAACUUAAAGUAAGAAGAAAUGCGAGUUAAGACCAUGUUGCCUGAGGCAAUUUUUGAAUAAAAUUUCCGAUACAGAGCCAUCUUGUCUAAAAGCAAUCGGAGAGAAAUUUAAGCAUGGACCGCAUUCUACAUGCGUAAAAAUC